UGCUACUAACCCAUGCAUAAUCGGUAUGUAGAGAAUAUCAGUGGCACAUGUUUCUCUCUCAACCUGCCAGGGCCAUGGGUGAAGUUCGCACUGGAGCUAGAGUAAGAGCUGAAGGUCUCGGGAUAACAUGCAAGACCUUGGUCACUUAUCUUGUCCUCCUAUACGACUCGACCAGACCAGAAUUUUGGGAAUUUGCGCUCGUGGCUUUUGCGCUAGGCCAACUUGCAUACAGCGUUGUGGUAUUUUUUAGUUACGUGUAUCAGAUGGGUUAUCCCGCCUUCUGGCCGACGCGUCUUCCUGCACGACAGUCAUCUGAUGUGGCUGCUUCUAGAUCGACAUUCUAUCGCAUUGCCUUGCAAUACUUUGACGUUAGCAGUCUAUAUUUGUCUUUGACCAUGACUGGGUAAUCCCUUGUCAAACAUAUCUUGACAGAGGGAGACAAGAUUAUAUUGUCUUGGUGGAGCGAUUUG